UUCGGCCAUGUUGGGUGUAUGUUACAGCAGGAAUGUGUAUAUCAACAAAGGGAUCGAACAUAAUAUGUGACUUGUGAUCAAUAAAUCCUGGCUGAUUAAUAGACGGCAUGUUAUUGUGUAAUUGUCUGGAGUGGUGACAAGAACAUAAAUACAUGAAGCAAAGCUAUGAAGAAAUAUUUUAAUAACCGAACCAAGGAGUCUAACUCUGAAAAAUCAAGCAUUUUCUCAGAUUCCUAUAUGUUCUCAAAGGAGAUCGUAAACAUAAAUCCCAAGCCUUUCUCGUGUUCUGAAUGUGGAAAAUGUUUUGGGCGACAUUCAACUCUUGUCAUUCAUCAGAGUACACACACAGGAGAGAAACCGUUCUCCUGUUCUGAAUGUGGAAAAUGUUUUUUCACCAAAACACAGCUUGUCUGUCAUCAGAGAACUCACACCGGAGAGAAACCGUUCUCAUGUUCUGAAUGUGGAAAAUGUUUUGUCAGAAAUGCAGAGCUUGUCAGUCAUCAGAGAACUCACACAGGAGAGAAACCGUUCUCAUGUUCCGUAUGUAGAAAUAGUUUUGGGCGACAUUUAACACUUGUUAGACAUCAGAGAACUCACACAGGAGAGAAACCGUUCUCAUGUUCUGAAUGUGAAAAAUGUUUUGUCACCAAAACGCAUCUUGUUCGUCAUCAGAGAACCCACACAGGAGAAAAACCGUUCUCAUGUUCUGAAUGUGAAAAAUGUUUUGUCACCAAAACGCAUCUUGUUCGUCAUCAGAGAACCCACACUGGAGAGAAACCGUUCUCAUGUUCUGAAUGUGAAAGAUGUUUUGUCACCAAAACGCAGCUUGUCAGUCAUCAGAGUACACACACAGGAGAGAAACCGUUCUCCUGUUCUGAAUGUGGAAAAUGUUUUUUCACCAAAAGGCAGCUUGUCUGUCAUCAGAGAACUCACACAGGGGAGAAACCAUUCUCAUGUUCUGAAUGUGGAAAAUGUUUUGUCACAAAUGCAUCGCUUGUUCAUCAUCAGCGAACUCACACAGGAGAGAAACCGUUCUCAUGUUCUGAAUGUAAAAAAUGUUUCAGCACAAAUGCAGCACUUGUCCGUCAUCAGCGAACUCACACAGGAGAGAAACCGUUCUCAUGUUCUGAAUGUGGAAAAUGUUUUGGCACAAAUUCAGAGCUUGUCCGUCAUCAGAGAACUCACACAGGAGAGAAACCGUUCUCAUGUUCUGAAUGUGGAAAAUGUUUUGGCCGACAUUCAAAUCUUGUCAUUCAUCAGAAUACACACACAGGAGAGAAACCGUUCUCAUGUUCUGAAUGUGGAAAAUGUUUUGUCACCAAAGCGCAGCUUGUUCGUCAUCAGAGAACUCACACAGGAGAGAAGCCUUUCUUAUGUAGUAAUUGUGGGAAAUGUUUUGCUAGUAAAUCAGAGCUUAUCAGUCAUCAAAUAACUCACACAGGUGAGGUGAUUUUAUAAUGCAUCUAUGGAUUAACACAGGAAUAAAAUAUCUUGUAUUGUGAAUUUUUAUUAUUAUGCUCAAACAAUAAAUAGUAACUUUGAUAGUAACAGUCAAUGUACAUAUGAUGCAUUGGUAUUGUGGCACCCCCAUGCCAUUGCCCGUAUGUGCCUAACCUGCAUUGCCAACUCUGCUUCACUUGGUUGCAAACUCACCAGCAACCCAGGAUACAUUGUGGUUGUAUGUCCUGGCUGUUACAGAGUAUACUAAAUAGCUUGUUCCACUGGUAAUACAUUUCAAUGAAAAUGGUUGUUUAGCAUGACAUUUGUAUGAUUCCAACCAAGACCUCAGCAAACAGACAAGACACAUGAUUCUUGAUGGCAACUUGUAGGAACACUAUUUCUGAGCUCCAACUUUUAUUGAAAAACUACAGCACACAUAUGAAAUGUAUUUACAAAUUAUACCAAUACAAAUAUGAAUUGGGAUAGAAGACCAGAGCUCUGACUGAGGAAUAUAAAUUAAGCUAAGCUAAUUAUUCCCUGGGGUCCUUUAUUCUUAUCCCAGGACACAAUAACCUUGGACAUUAUAAGAGAGAGGCUAGUUUCCCCAACCCACAUGUUAAUACAGACUUCAAGCAACGGUUAUGUUUAUUUCUAAUUUUCUCGCUUUUUUUUCCCUUAGAGAUUAUAACUAAUUUCCUGAGAUUAUAACUAAUAAAUAUACCAAUUUUGGCAAAUGUGGCAGUCAAACAUGCAUAAUUUGGAGUCAAAUUUCAGCCUUCUGAAAAACAUUUAAUGAGCUUUAAAAUAUCUGAUGUGUCGUAGGAUUUUUAUCUUUGUAAUAUGAUUUAUUAUUCUUGUAUUGGUUGCAAAUAAUAUCAUUUCAGACUUCUUUCAUACACAGGAUCUGGUAGGCCCUACUUAGACCUAGACAUCUAAUAUUAAUUAUCGGACAUAUGUCCAUUGUAUAUCAACGGUCAACACAUGUGUUUUUUGUUCACAUAGAUUGAUGAAGGCCCACUGUUGUUAUAACCUUUGACCCAGCCAGACUCCCAUGUGUAUUAAGACGGGCCUCUUUCUGAAUGUAUUCAUUUUAACAUAUAUAUAUAUGUGUGUGUAAUUUAUAUUUUACCCCCAAGUAUAACCAUUUUUUACAAAUACACAAGUCCUGCGCUCAAACUCCCAUUACUCUUGGGUGGCCAUAGUACACAUCAGCCCUAAUACAUACAGUAAAAAACAAAGAAAACAAGUUAACCAUUUUUUAUAAUGUAUGGCUUUAAUCAUAGAAUGGACAGAAUGGUUAUUAAGCUUCAAACCUUUUUACACAUUU